AUGAAGGUCUUUUCCAUUCUUCUGACCACCUGUCUACUGGGACUCUGCCAUUGCAAGAGGUCCAAAUUUAUCACUGAUAGACCAGUUAUUGAAGUCUUAGAUGACUACGCAGAGGAUGAAAUAGUGACCAGUGAUCUUGUAGAGGAGACAGAGACAUACGAAUCUGCUGGAAGGACUGGAAAGAAACAGGUAUGGGACAUGGCCAACGGAACUGUCUACGAAGAGUAUUUUACGGGAUUGGAAAAGAUGCACAGUACAGACGUUAUAGGAGAAUCCUUGAGUGAGGGCAACAAGGAGACAAAACCAGUUGAACAUCUUCCUGCCGAGGUAGCUAAGGCUAAUACUGAGAGCGUUUCAUCUUCCGAGCUAAUCUCUUUGCAUGUCGCCAAUCUGGACCCGUCCAUUUGCGAUUCAUUUUACUAUACAGUAGACGAUGUUCCCACAAAGUUCAUAGUUUCCAAGGAUGUAAACGUGAAUAGACUUUUAACUGGCCAGAAUGUCAUCUGGAAAGCUCCACAAGGCGAGAAAGUUGUCUACACUAAACUCUUUCUAAAGAACAACAAACCCAAAAUUGUAAAAAUUGCAUCAGCCAACCCCAAGAUGGAGUUGAAGUAUAAAAUUUUUUGUAACAAGAAUGGCAAGUGGGAAGACUGUUUAGCAAGUUUUAAAGGGGAGAUGAAAAAGCUCAAGGUUCCUGUGGAGAGGAAGGGAGACUUUACCAUCAGCACAGGGGACACGAAAGAUACCGACAAGUGCAAGAUAUUUGAUGCCACAAUACUAGGCAUGACAUCACGUUUUUACUUUCCUAAGCCAGGUUAUGUCGCCAAAGAGAUAAAGGACGGUGCAAAGUCGAUAUGGAAAGCCACAAAGGCCGACGGAAUGUGCACCUCAUUCACCAUGUACUUGAAUAUUGAACCGCCGCUCAUUAUUCUAAUUCAUAAAGAUGGCAACAACCUCCCUGUUGAGCGUUUUGCGAAGAUAAGUGGAGAGUGGAAGAAACUCAGUAAGGAAGAAUUUGGUAAAAGGCUACAGAGUGCCAAAGCCAAAACUGGGCAGCAAACACCCUAG